CUAAGGUGAGUGGUUUUUAUUUAUUUAUUUAAACUACUGAGAAAAAAAAAACAAUGUUUCAUCAUCCCCCGAUCCGACCCGUUACGCUGUCCCUUCCUCCAGACCUGAUAUGGCCACAUGAAUGAAGUCGUUGCAUUUGAGAACCAUCAUCCAGUUCCCGGCGAUGACGAACAAGAGAAAAAGAUCCCAGAAACAUACCCCACCACCUCCUCCUCCCUCAACACCCCCAACUCCACAAACCCAAGCCCGCCACUCCCUCAACACCGCAAAAGCCCGGGCCUGGGCCCCUCUCAGCCUCACCCGCCACGAACUCUCCUUACCCCUCACCUUCCCCACGGGCCAAACCUUCCUCUGGAAAAACACCGCCCCUUCACAAUACACCGGAGUCGUCGGGCCCCACCUCAUUUCCCUCAAGCACCUCCAAAACGGCGACGUUUCCUACUGCCUCCACUCCCCCUCCCACUCCGACACCGCCGAAACUGCCCUGCUUGACUUCCUAAAUGCCACCGUUUCGCUCGCCGACUUAUGGAAGACGUUUUCCGCUUCCGACGCAAGGUUCGCCGAGCUCGCGCACCACUUAAGCGGCGCCCGAGUCCUCCGGCAAGACCCUUUCGAGUGUUUGAUUCAGUUUCUGUGCUCUUCUAAUAACAACAUCGGAAGAAUCACGAAAAUGGUGAAUUACGUGUCCUCCCUGGGAACUCACGUGGGAGACGUUGGAGAGUUUCAGUUCCACGCUUUCCCUUCUUUGGAACAACUUUCCUCCGUCUCAGAGCAACAACUCAGAGACGCCGGUUUCGGUUACAGGGCUAAAUAUAUAAUUGGUACGAUUAAUGCAUUGAAAUCAAAACCCGGUGGAGGCGAAGAAUGGCUUCGUUCUCUUCGUAAGAUGGAGCUUCGAGAUGUUAUAUCUGCACUUUGUACGUUACCCGGUGUGGGUCCUAAAGUGGCUGCUUGCAUUGCUCUCUUUUCGCUUGAUCAGCACCAUGCUGUUCCUGUUGACACACACGUGUGGCGGAUUGCCACCAAGUAUCUCUUACCUGAGCUUGCAGGUUCCCAGUUGACACCCAAGCUCUGCGAUCGUGUUGCAGAGGCGUUUGUAACCAAAUAUGGCAAAUAUGCUGGCUGGGCGCAGACUCUAUUGUUCAUAGCUGAAUUACCCUCACAAAAAGCCCUCCUACCUUCACAUUUGUUGACUGUUAAACAACGCAAUGCUGCAAAGAUAGAAGGCAGCGAAGAAGAAGUUGAGUGAGAUCUACAGUUGGUGUGGUUCUCAUGAUAUAAAUGGACAAGAUGUAGGUGUGACAUGCUGUUGUCAAGAAUUCAUUAAGUAGAACAUGGUGAUAUUACGCUGGUUAUUCUAUUACUCGCACUGUUGAUUGCUCUUCGUUUGGCUUUUAUUUUUGUUCUCUGCAUUUUAUUAGCUUUGAUUAAUCUAUUGUAAGUUGUAACCAAUAGUUUACAUCUUUCUUCUUCAUUAGAAAAGAAAAAGAAAAGAAAGAUGUAUUUUUCCUCAUGUUAUUUGACUUGGAGUUUUACUUUCCCUGUAAAUAAUUACUUCACCUAAUUUAUUAUUUACUUUUUAGCUCCUGCUGAUAAAAGUACUUAUCUUUUGCUCAUUUGGUUCUUAUUAUAUGUGUAAUGAUCACAUUAUCUGUUUGAACA